AUGUUGCUACCGUAUCUGGAUGAACAGUCGCCAAUGGCGACUCGCCAGGCCGACGAAGCCAUGAGUGACCACCUCGACAAAGAACCUACGCGUAGACUUAUGGUUUCCUCUGCUACAUGCACGUUCCAUACGGAGAGGCCGAGUCACCCGGCGCUUGUCGAGAGCCCGGCCCCCGUCGCAAAGCUCAAGAUAACAAAGCCCCUGCGCCACUUCCCGGCAGAGAUAUAUACUCACGCCGAGUCGCUCGAGCACCUGGACCUCUCCGGCACCGGACUGUCUGUCCUCCCCGAGGACUUUGGCCGGCUCCGAAAACUGAAGGUUGCCUUCUUCUCCGACUGCAACUUCUCCGUCUUCCCACGCCAGCUGGCAUCAUGCCCCGACCUUGAGAUGGUCGCCUUCCGGGGCAACGGAAUGCGCGAGGUCCCCGAGGCCUCGCUGCCGCCGAGGCUGCGUUGGCUGAUCCUGACCAACAACCUCAUCGGCGCUCUGCCGCGGAGUAUCCGAACGUGUGUGCGCCUCCAGAAGUGUAUGCUGUCUGGGAACCAGCUCUGCGAUCUGCCCGAGGAGAUGGCCUCUUGCCGGAAGCUUGGUCUUCGACUCGCUGCCAAUCGCAUCGAGCAGCUACCAGGCUGGCUGUUUGGCCUUCCCGAGUUGGCAUUCCUAUCCUUCGCCGGGAACCCGUGCGCAUCGUCCGCGUCGGCAUCCGAAUGUGAUGGGUCAUCAUCUGGCCUUGUGAACGUCAGCUUUGACGAUCUCCGUGUUCAGGAGGUGCAUGGUGAAGGCGCUUCCGGCGUCAUCUCCAAGGCGGUGUGGCAUAGAGGCGGCCAUGCUCAGCAGGUGGCUAUCAAGCUUUUCAAAGGGACCGUGACGAGUGAUGGCGCUCCCAUGGACGAGAUGCGGGCAUGUAUCCGGGCUGGCUCGCACGCCAACCUCAUCGACCCACUGGGGGAAAUAUGUGACCAUUCGAACAAGGGCCUCGUCAUGCAACUGAUCCCGGCUCAUUAUACCACGCUGGGUUUACCACCAUCGUUGGAAAGCUGCACGAGGGACUGCUUCUCACAAACGAGCCGGUUGACUACAGCGCAGGGCUUACGCAUCCUGCAGAGUGUCGCAUCGGCGGCAGAGCACCUGCACCAGCGCAGGGUUGCGCAUGGAGACAUGUACGCGCACAACAUCCUGUUCGACGAGCAGGAACACGCACUUCUUGGCGACUUUGGAGCGGCGUCUAUGUACGGGGAUGGUCACAAGAUGGAGCAGCUCGAGGUGCUUGCCUUUGCGCACCUGAUGGAAGACGUGUGGAGGUUGAUCAAGGCGAAUUUCGACGAGGGGGAGAUGAGGAUUGCGAUGCUGCUCGCGGCGCUGCAUCGACGAUGCUCGCUUCCUGUUGGUUCUGAACGGCCCACGUUUGCUGAGCUCAGUCGGUCACUGAGCGAGAUGAAGUGA